AUGGCGAAAAUACCAACUCGUCAAUUAGGUAAAAAUGGUCCUCAAAUAUCCGCUAUUGGUUUUGGACUAAUGACUAUAGCUGGCAAUAAUCCUAAAAAGCUUGCAACUGAUGAAGAACAAUUCAAAAUUCUUGAUCGUGCAAUUGAACUAGGUUGUACAUAUUUCGAUACUGCCGAUAUCUAUGACGAUAAUGAAGACAUACUUGGUAAAUAUUUCAAGAAGUAUCCACAUCAACGUGAAAAGAUUUUUCUUGCGACAAAGUUUGCCGUUUGCAUGUCCUCUGAUGGAGAAUCUUGCACAACUCGUGGUGACGCACAAUAUGUUCGUGAAGCAAGUGAAAAAAGUUUAAAACGUCUUGGUCUUGACUAUGUUGAUCUUUAUUAUGUACAUCGUAUUGAUAAAACUGUUCCAAUUGAAGAAACAAUAGAUGCAAUGAAAGAACUUGUUGAUGCUGGUAAAAUUAAAUAUAUUGGUUUAUCAGAAUGUUCAAGUGAUACGCUUCGACGAGCAUAUGCUGUUCAUCCAAUUGCUUGUGUACAAAUUGAAUAUUCACCGUUUAGUUUAGAUAUUGAAAGAGAUGAAAUUGGCCUAUUGAAAACAUGUAGAGAACUUGGUGUAGCACUCGUUUGUUAUUCUCCAUUGGGUCGAGGAAUGCUCACUGGACAAUAUAAAAGUCAAGAUGAUUUUGAAGACAAUGAUUAUCGACGAACGUUUCCUCGUUUUUCAAAAGAAAAUUUUCCAAAGAAUCUUCAGUUAGUUAAUCAAUUAGCAGCAAUAGCUAAAACGAAAGAUUGUACUCCUGGUCAAUUAACAUUAGCGUGGAUUCUUGCUCAAGGUGAUGAUUUUAUUCCAAUACCAGGUACAAGUAAAAUCAAAAGAUUAGAAGAAAAUGUUGCUGCAGUUCAAAUUAAACUAAGCAAAGAAGAAAUUGAAGAAAUUCGUCAAGCUUGUAAAAAUGCUGAUGUUGUCGGUGAACGUUAUCCUGUAGAGUGGAAUGACGAGUCAUAUAGCGAUUCAGCACCUAAGCAGACAAUUUCGAAUGCUACAACAAAUGAAAAGUAA